AUGGAAAGUUUACACAGCGAGAGCGGGGCACCUCAUGAUAGCAUUCCGAUGUCCUCGUCUUUCAAUGCCGAGAAUCCCGAGCCUGAAGACGUUGACUUCUCGCUGUUCUUGAAUCUAGACAGCCCACGCACCGACCAAUGUGCCCACGUUGAUCUAAUCAGUUCUGAAUUCCCACCUACAGCUUUAAACCAGGGGACACACAAUGCCGAGGAACUAGCCAACAUAGACCAUUGGUGUCCGAAUGACGUUGCAGAGAAUUGGCCAUGCCAAGAUAUCUUCCAGUAUGAGGCCCACCACAACGGGGACAGCUCAGGGCAACAAACGGCCGCUUCCUCGCUUUUCGCCUUUUCAGAAGAAUCAUCAGUCGCAGGUGAUAUCUUAUCAGACAACAAUCCUCCCGCCGAACCCCACAACAAAGGCAAAAGAGGCAAACGCCUUCCCCCGGACGCCGUAAGGGUCCUAAGGUCCUGGUUCUACGAAAACAAAGACUAUCCAUAUCCCACCGACCAGCAAAGAAAAGACCUCGAGCAACAAACCGGGUUACACAAAAGCCAGGUCUUCAAUUGGUUCGUGAACGCGCGGCGCCGUAAAUUACCCAAAAAGGACGCUACGCGCGAUAUCAAUUCCGAGUCCCUGGACCAAAAAUUACUCUCCCCAUUCGAACGAUGGCAGCACUCACCACCGGAGAACGAACCAGCCGCAGCAACCGAUAUUCUACGCGCGGCGGAGAACACGCCCUUUUACCCCUUUACGAUAAUCGGAGUCACUCGUCUGCCUCUGCACGGUCUCAAAUAUCGAGCGGCCCUUACCAAAGACCCCCCACGCCACUCCCGAAGAUGGGGCUCAGUCGGCCCCGCCGGAAAGCUGAGACGAUCCGCUAAUCGCCUGGCGCAGUCGACGGCACUUGAACGGCGCGCUUACCAGUGCACUUUCUGCUGUGACUCGUUUCGCAGCAAAUAUGACUGGCAGCGGCACGAGAAGGCACUGCAUCUCUCGAUCGAGCGGUGGAAUUGCGCGCCGGCUGGCGGGGUUGUUGAGAUUAAUGGGUUGAGCGUCUGUGUCUUCUGUCGCGCGUCUAGUGUAGAUGCUGACCAUCUCGAAACGCACGAGUACCUCACCUGUCGAGAAAAAAUGACCGAGCACCGCUCCUUUUCGCGGAAGGAUCACUUGCAGCAGCAUCUCCGCCUGGUGCACCGUGUGCCUUACCAUCCGUCAAUGGACGAGUGGCGGGUCUCGACUGCGCCGCUUCUGUCACGGUGUGGAUUUUGCGACGCGCGGUUUGCGGGCUGGAAGGAGAGGGUUGAGCAUGUGGCGGAGCACUUCAAGAAUAAUGCGGAUAUGGCGCAGUGGCAGGGUGAUUGGGGCUUUGAGCCGCAUGUUCAAUGUUUGGUGGAGAAUGCCAUGCCGCCUUAUUUGCUUGGGUUGGAGCGCCGCACGAUGGAUCCGUGGAAGGCGUCGGUUAUGGAGCGGGAGCGGGAGCAUUUUGAACAUAGGCCGUUGGAAAAUGACAAGGCGCCUGAGGCCUUGGAUCGGUAUUUUAGCGUUCGUCAGGAACUCUUUACGUAUCUCCAGGCGCAGAUUGCGGCGGGGAAUGAUCCUUCGGAUCAGAUGAUGCAGGAUCAUGCGCGGAUGUUUGCGUAUGGGAAUGAUGAUCCGUUUAAUCAGACUUAUGCAGAUCAGUCGGGAUUCCUGGUGACACUUAGACGUGAUGUUGCUAAUGGGCUAACGUUGGGAAUUCCAAUUAAUGAAGAGGUCGAACUUGAAGGAGAUGGACUACUAGUACCUGGAAACUACGGAGGACUUUCAAAUGACUAA